AUGGCGGCGGCUGCGGAGGGGAGCCCAGCGGCCGGGUCGGCGACCACGGCGACCUCGUCGCUGCCGCCGCCGCCUGAGGGAGACGAGCCGGUGGCGGAAGAGGAAGACGAGGAGGACGCGGCGGCGGCGGGACCGAGCUCCGGUGGCGGCAGCAGCGCCGGUUUCCGCCUGACGGCGGUGCGUCGCGACCCGGCGGUGCGGCUGCAGCACGGCGUGAGCUGCCUGGAGCCGCUGGCGUGGUCCGAGGACCACCGCGUGUCGGUGAGCACGGCCCGCAGCAUCGCCGUGCUCGAGCAGCUCAGCGACGUCCACGGCGGCGGCGGCGGCGGCGGCGCCGACCUCGUCAUCCACCGCACGGCCGUGCCCGCCCCCGCCGCCGCUUGUCACCUCAAGGUUGGUUCCAAAAAAGAAGUUGCCGAAUGUAAGGAAAAGUUUGCGAGUUCCAAGGAUCCGAUGGUGAGCCAGACGUUCAUGCUCGACAGGGUGUUCAACCCUGAAGGGAAGUCGCUGCCCUCAAUGCGGGGCUUCAAAUACUCCAGCUGGUCCCCUCUGGGCUGCGACGCCAACGGCCGGUGCCUGCUAGCCGCCUUAACCAUGGACAGCAGACUGACCAUCCACACAAACCUUAAUAGGCUUCAGUGGGUGCAGUUGGUGGACUUGACUGAGCUCUACGGAGAGCGUCUGUACGAAAACAACUACCGGCUUUGUAAAGGGGAGGCGUCCCGGGCAGAUUUAGGCGACUUCUCCGAAUUCCAGAGGAGGCACAGCAUGCAGACCCCGGUCCGCAUGGAGUGGUCUGGAAUCUGCACCACCCAGCAAGUGAAGCAUAACAACGAGUGUCGGGACGUGGGCAGCGUGCUGCUGGCCGUGAUCUUUGAGAACGGAAACAUCGCCGUCUGGCAGUUCCAGCUGCCUUUCGUGGGCAAGGAGUCGAUCACGUCUUGCAACACCAUCGAGUCAGGGAUCGCUUCCCCCAGCGUCUUGUCGUGGUGGGAGUAUGAGCACCACAACCGGAAGAUGAGCGGACUCAUUGUGGGGAGCGCUUUUGGGCCGGUUAAAAUCCUCCCGGUCAACCUGAAAGCGGUCAAGGGCUAUUUCACGCUGAGGCAGCCGGUGGUGUUGUGGCAGGAGGUGGACCAGCUGCCAGUACACAGUAUCAAGAGCGUCCCCCUGUACCAUCCCUACUUGAAAUGUAGCUGCAGUUUAGUGGUGGCCGCAAGAGGAUGCUACGUCUUCUGGUGUCUCCUCUUGAUUUCCAAAGCGGGCUUGAACGUCCACAACUCACACGUGACCGGACUCCACUCCCUGCCCAUUGUCUCCAUGACUGCAGACAAGCAAAAUGGCACCGUCUACACCUGUUCGAUUGACGGGAAGGUAAGGCAGCUGAUUCCCAUCUUCACGGACGUUGCGUUAAAAUUUGAGCACCAGCUGAUCAAGUUGUCAGAAGUGUUUGGCUCUGUGAGGACUCACGGGAUUGCGGUGAGCCCGUGCGGGGCGUACCUGGCCGUCAUCACAACGGAGGGCAUGACCAACGGGCUUCACCCCAUCACCAAAAGCUACCAGGUGCAGUUUGUAACCCUCAAAACGUUUGAGGAGGCGGCAGCCCAGCUGCUGGAAUCGUCAGUCCAAAACCUUUUCCGGCAGGUCGACCUCACGGACCUCGUCCGCUGGAAGAUCUUGAAAGAUAAGCACAUCCCACGAUUCCUACAGGAAGCCUUGGAUAAAAAGAUGGAGAGCUUCGGCUCCACUUAUUUCUGGCGCUUCAAACUGUUCCUCUUGAGAAUUUUGUAUCAGUCGCUGCAAAAGGCUCCCUCCGAGGCCCUGUGGAGGCCCACGCAUGAGGACAUGAAGGUCUUGAUCGCACAUUCCCCCGGGGCAGGUGGCGCGGAAGAGCACCUGCAAGACGAGGGAACAUCAAAACAGGGUGGCAAGCGGCGGCAUCCGAGCAACGCAGGCAAAGGAGCGGAGAUGGGCAGUCCGGCGGACGACUCCCUUGUCCACGCAGGCGACGUCGGAGGGCGGGAGCCGAUGGAAGAAAGGCUCCUGGAUCUCCAAGCCCAGAUUGAAGCGUUGGAGAUGCAUUUGACGCGGGAGCACAUGAAGCGAGUGUUGGGGGAAGUCUACCUGCACACAUGGAUUACGGAGAACACCAGCAUCCCCACCAGGGGAGUCUGUGACUUCCUGAUGUCUGACGAAAGCUACGACGACAGGACGGCCCGGGUGCUGAUUGGGCAUAUCUUAAAGAAAAUGAACAAACAGACAUUCCCGGAGCACUGCAGCUUGUGCAAAGAGAUCCUGCCGUUCACAGAUCGCAAGCAGGCAGUCUGCUCCAACGGACACAUUUGGCUCAGGUGCUUUCUAACUUACCAAUCCUGCCAGAGUUUGGUGUACAGAAGAUGUCUGCUUCGCGACAGCAUCGCCCGACAUCCGACCCCCGAAGAUCCAGAGUGGAUCAAGAGGUUAUUGCAAGGACCUUGUACCUUCUGCGACUCUCCUGUUUUCUAGAGGAACGGGCUCGAGGCGGAGAGCUUGAAGUCCCUUCCUCCGGCACACAAAGCCCCUCCAGGGCUGGGAAGCGGCCAAAGGCGCAGGUGUGUAAUUAUUCAGAGGGGAGACUUUAAACAGAGUUUCGUGAGCUGGAGACGCUCAGUGGUCCAGAGUCCAUUUCAAACAUGAGAGGCAGCAAGGUCUACUCUUCAGAAAGCACGGACACUUUGGAAACUGUGCCGGCCCCGAUUCCGGGGGAAAAAACAUGGGCACGCGGCUCGUUUCUUUUCAGCAAGCGGAGUCUGGAUUCGGAGUCGUGCACCGUUGAGCCCCUUCCAACCGGCGACACGUGAUGCUUCCCUUGCAGUGAGGACAAGAGCCCAAAGUCGGUGGAUCAGCAGGAGAUCAGCCUGUGGUACUGCCCUCAGUUAACUUCUAACAAACGCCGGCCCUGCUGUACCAGAGACGAUUAAAUUAUUAGAAAUAAUGUGUUUCAACAUGUUUUAAGACGUCUUGCAUGCCAGUUGUAGUCAGUGCAGAAAAAAAGGACCGUUUUGCUCCUGCAGAGGUUAAGCGGAACAGUUCCGUGAAACCUCAGGCAGCUGAAAACCCUCUGGGGCAAAAGUGGGAUGCUAGAAGUUUUGAAAAGCUCAUUCAGGUACGCUAGCAACGAGGCGUAGUAUGCAGAGACCCUGUUCUAAGAUAUUGAGGAUCAGUAUUUUUAAAUCCAGUUUCCCCAGUUCUUACCAGUGAUCCUUUUCUCUCGCCUAGCCUUAACCACACGAUCACUUCAAAUUUAUGCCAGUAUUCCUGUUCUCCCAGUCUUUUUAGCAAGAAUUGUGCUUGUGCCCUUCCGGGGAUUUUCCUCUUCCUCCGGUUACAUUGCCAGGGGUAGGUAGAGAAAUUCUUGGUGGUGGUUGGGUUGGGCAGCAAAUGCACUUGAAAAUUCAUCCAGGCCAAAGUCUCGCUAUUCCUGCCAGAUUUCUGGGGCACUUCACUCUGCUUAAUAUAAGGGAGACGUGCAGCGCUGAGAAUUAACGGUGGCAAAAUGCAUUCCUGCUUUCUGAUCAGCUGCCUUGGAUUCAGCGUGAGGCAUAGUUUGAAGAAGGUAGACGUUGGAGUCUCCAACGUGGUGCCCAUAGGAACCAACCACUUGGUGCCUGCUGAGUUCCCUGCCCCUCCUGACCUUUAUUUUAUUUCUUGAGAUUGUUUUUAAUUGGGGAAUGUUUUAACUGGGAGGCUGGCAUAUGGCAAUGCGAAGGGCUGCCCUCCAGCACCGUCUGUUUUGGAUCUCUGCCCUGUACGUGGCUUUCCUUGUAGUCUCACCAGUUUGCCUUCUGGGAAACGAGUGUUUCUCGUGACGGGCCAUGCCCACCCCGGCAGCCAUUUUGUGAACCGGCGAACCCCAUCUCUAUGGCAGCCAUUUUGCAAGGGCGCCCAUGACCCCUCACAAUUCCAAAUGUUCCCACCGACCGAAAAGUGGGUGAGGAUGAGGGUCUAAGUGUGUGUGAGAGAUCCUGGGUUUAUUUUCUGGUUAUGCCCAAGCAGCUAGGGGCAAGAAGGCCGUGCCCUCCCCUGUUUUUAAACUCAAACUUGACGGCAAUCUCCAGUUCUAACACACUUCCAAUCGCAAAGGCUGGGAAAGGACAGCGGCCGCGGUGUUUUGAGAGCUGCCAUGAGUCCAGAUGCUCAGCCUUGGGGCUAGGCAGGUCAGUGGCCUAACGCAGCUUCGCCCAACUCAGCCCCUCCAGAUGUGCUGGACUACAGCCCCCAGCAUCCCCCAGCCAGCAUGUAGCCCCACACAUCCGGAGGGCCCCGGAUGAGGGAAAGCUAGCCUAGGCUAGCCUAAGCUAUCCGCUUGUCUCCCAGGCUGGAAAUGGGGUGUCCCCGCGGCAGGAGCUAGCGCUGUUUUCCCCAGUCGUCCCUCUUCCCCCAAGCUGUGCUUGUUGUCGGAGGACCUAAUAGUCCGCAUUAGAGAGUAAUGCGUACUGGGUUAAUUGGAUUAAAACAGUGUAAAAGGCUAAUUAAAUAUUGAACAAUGUGUUCUCGCCGCGCGGUAAGACGAGCAAGAGCGAGGAGCCGACGGAACUGAGCCCUCGUCCAUCAGCGCCGCGAAAGAAAUCCAAACUGCCACAAUAGAUUGGGGGGGGCAGGGGUCACACCAGGGCCAAGCACAGCACCCAUUCAGCUCCAAGGCGGGACUUACGUUCCUCCGUUUAGAAUCCAAAAGAAUCUCGGCUUCCGGCUUCCCCCCCCCCCCCCUUCCAAAAAUGAACAUCUAGCACAAGGUUGGGGAACCUUCCUUUCUGUCGGAGCCACGUCGGAAAAGUGGACGAAGCCAAAAGUCGUCCGGGUGACCUUUUCUCUCUGUCUUUUUGCCACCAUCUUGGAGGAGAAGGCUAUCCAUGGCUACUAGCCCUGAUGGUUAUGUCCUACCUCUAGUAUCGGAGGCAGUAAGCUUGUGUGCACCAGUUGCUGGGGAACAUGGGUGGGAGGGUGCUGUUGCACCAUGUCCUGCUUUGUUGGUCCCUGGUCGACGGCUGGUUGGCCACUGUGUGAACACAGUGCUGGGCUAGAUGGACCCUUGGUCUGAUCCAGCAUCAGGGCUCUUCUGAUGUUCUUAAUCCAGAAGUAACCUGCAAAGGGUGCUUCAGUCUAGGAGUCUUUUAAACAAUUCAUCCUGUAAUUCUCUGGGAAUGAACUUUGCGUUUUCUUUCCAACUGAAAAACUUAGGCCCCCCUUGAAUUAAAAUCAAUGUGGCUUCGCUCCCAGUACAGGCUUCUAAAUUUGGUAUUGUUAGAGCAGUAACUUUGGGCCAGCUUUAAUGAAGAGCCUGCCCAGCUUGAAUGUCUAGACAAAGCCAGCCUUCUCUAAGAAGCAGCAGAAUUUCUGGCAUGAUAUAGAGCAGUUAUUUCUGAAAGGCGUCAAGGAGUUCAUAGACCAGCAGAGCCUCAUGGGAGUGUUCCUUUUGUGCAACACACAGCCUAAUUAUGUUUUGCGAAGCAGCAGACUUUUACACUGUAUUCAGCCUCAAAAACGAUCGAAUUCCCAAAAGCUGCGUAACAGUUUCCUUUCUAAGAGGACGUGAAGAGAAACGUGCUCUUUUUCUGUGAGGCGGUAUCCAACGGGCAGUAUCCAACUGGGUCGUUCCGCUCGCACAGUGUCACACGUUCCAGACGACGCGCGAGAGGAGAAUCCCAACAGAAGCUAGCCCUUGCACAACCGUUUGUGCAAACGGCUGUGCAACCCGUGGCGCGGGCGUAACGUGCAAACGCUUGUGCAACGGAAAGAUUGGGUGGCGCUCCACCGCCCCUGUUUGAGUUGCGGAAACGACAUCAUUGAAUACUGCCCAAUGCCUGUCAUUUUGAUGGAUGUUUCAGAUUGGAAACAGGGCUGGCGUGUUAGAAGGAUGCUGGCAAGCCAUAGUGCGUCUCUGUGGAUGGACACAUUUUUUUCCCCUCCUGUGGGAUUUUCAGUGAGAGACAGGUCUUCCAAGACUGGAGGGCAGGGCUUCCCUCAACGCAAGUUUAUCCAAAUGCAGUGUCUUGCUCCCCCCCACCCCGGGAGUGAAUGACACAUUAUACCAUGGGAGAGAAGCAAAGAGCGACACUGAGAGCAGAAUCUAACCCGAGCCCCCGGUGACCCUACUAACCCUGUUAAUUUAAAUUAGGGUGUGACAGAACCUUAGGAACUGGUGUUUUUUUAAAGCUAUAUUUGGCAAUCUGAUUCAGCAUCCCUUGUGUACAAAGAAAUUAGCUCGUCCUGUUUGCGCCUAUAAGAUGAGGGUUUCUUGGAAGGGGAGGUCAUGGGUGCUCUGCCAUGCGCUAUGUGUGGGAUAGUGCAUAAGGUGACGCAGCAAGAUGGAGCCAGAAGGAAAACGUAAGUUUGUUGUCAUGCUGCAAGUAUGGGGCCGGAUUCAGCAUCUGCCUUUUGCGAGAGGAAGGGACCUUCCUUGAGAGUAAGGACUCACCGAAGGACCCUCCACCUGAUUUGGGGGGAUCCCACACGCACCAUAGUUACCCCGUUCAGCAGGGUGUCCUGACUGUAGCAUUUUCAGGGGGGUGGAGCAGCUGCCGUGGGAAAGAGGGAAUAGGGAAAUCCUCUUCAGCCUAUGUAGUUGAUCCAGGGUCAAUCUGGAUUCAAUCCAAUGGGUGUGGAGUCAGGCUGCUCACAACAGUUCUUGAGAUGCCGUUCCCGUAUUGCUGUCAUACGACCUAAAAACAUUGAAGCCCAAACGAAGAAGCAAAAGGUGGGUCGAAGCCUUGUUUUGAAUUAUCCUUCCAUUUUGAAAAGUUGACUUUCUUUUCCGCCCUGUUUUAUAAAAUAAAUAAAAGGGCAUGGCAAGAGACUUUACAUACCAAAACAUCAAUCCCAGGGAGAAAAGUCCUGCCAGUUCAGCAUAAAGCUAAACGCGUGCACUUAUGUCCGUUACUGAUCGCGAAGUUUGACUAACUGGAGUUAUGUUCUCCUGUAUAAAACACGACGACGCAAUAAGGGAGUAUGAUCAAGGUGUCAUUCCUUAAUCUAGUUUGGCCUUUUGUUGUCUUGUUUAAAAACAAAACAAAAUCGUUGCAUUGCAGGUAAGGAAUGUUAAAACUAGCUGGCUCUUAUGUUACCGAUUUGACUGAACCGAGGGAGGCAGCGUUCACAAAAUGUUCUGGUUCCCGGUAUUUUCCAAUCAUCUUUGGGAUGGCACAUUACUGUGAAUAUUAAUUCUGUAUAUAUGGUUGACUUCUUUUGUAAACGUGAAACAUUAUCUGGAGAAUGUGUUUUGUAUACUGAAACAGUAGCACUGUUACAUGAACCCCUUUCUAAAUAAAGAAAUACGCAAGGUG